AUGGGAAAUAAGGGUUGGCAAAAAAUUGUUGUGUUAAUAGUUGCAGAUAGUCUUAAUAAAAUCAAUGAACGUGCUCUAAAUGUCCUGAGUCUUAUGGGUUGUUAUCAAGAUGGAAUUAUACAAAAACGUGUCAGGGGUAAACCUGUUACUGCACAUCUUUUCGAAUAUACUACACAAUUAAUGGUCGAUGAUGAUUUUAAAAUCCACUCUUUUGAUCGUGAUCAACAUGUUGGUGGUGCUUGUGGAGAAAUUAAAGUAGAUCUUGGUUAUAAAUGUAGAAACCUUCUUAAUCCUUUAAUCGCAUCUCAAAAUUUUGAAUAUAAAAUAUCUAAUAUCUUAGACAAGCCAUCAGAAUCUGUUUUUGGUUAUAUCUCAGUAUUACCAGGCGCUUUCUCCGCAUACCGAUAUAAAGCAUUAUUGAAUGGGCCUUUGGAAAAAUACCUUAAAGGUGAGACUAUGUAUGAUGAUUCAGGUGCUACUAAGACUGGUAUAUUCGAAGCAAACAUGUACCUGGCAGAAGAUUGUAUUUUAAGUUUUGAGCUUGUCAUUAAGAAACAUGAAUCAUGGAAAUUAAAAUACAUGAAGGUAACAAUCUAA